AUAAAUUUGGUUGUCUAUAAAAUGGAAGGGGUGGUUAAGAUUAAAAAAAAAAAAAAAAGAGGGAAGGAAGGAAGGGGUGGUUGAAUGUGAUUCUGACGCGAUAAGUUAUAGUUAUUACUAGCUACCUCAUUCUCAUUCUCAUUCUACUUCAACUGAAACUAAUUCAACUUUCCCAUUUUUGAUUCCAUACAUUGCUCAUUACUAUUAUUAUUAUUAUCAAACUAUGAACUUUCCAAGUCCACCUUAUGCCACGUCAUCACCUUCUACUUCUUCCUCAUCCUCAUCCUAUUCACUCAAUCAUGCUUCUCCUAAUUUCAACCGUUCUAUGCUGGUGCCACAGGCAAUUUGUACCUCUCAAAAAAAGUCCUUCUGCUCUGGAGCCCAAUUGGAGGCUUCUGUUAACUCUAAUACAGUGAAAAAUCACUUAUUUUUCCCGCAGCGAUCUGAAGCGCAACCAUUGGUUGCUAACCAAUCACUUAACAAACACUUGUUCUCUGUAGGAGCUUUAGUAACUCCAACAGCACAAGAUGUUGCUGAUACAAAUGUUAUUGGUGAUGAUAAGAUUGGAGUGUUAUUGCUAAACCUUGGAGGUCCAGAGACUCUAGAUGAUGUGCAGCCUUUUUUAUUUAACCUUUUUGCUGACCCGGAUAUUAUACGAUUGCCACGUAUAUGUAGAUUUCUUCAAAAGCCAUUGGCCCAAUUUGUAUCUGUUCUAAGGGCCCCAAAGAGCAGAGAAGGCUAUGCUUCAAUUGGCGGUGGUUCUCCUCUUAGACGUAUAACUGAUGAACAGGCUGAAGAGUUGAAGAAAUCUCUUUUGGUAAAGAAUGUCCCAGCUGAAGUGUAUGUUGGCAUGCGUUACUGGCAUCCAUUCACCGAGGAAGCUAUUGAACAGAUUAAAAGGGAUGGAGUUACAAAGCUGGUUGUUCUCCCACUCUAUCCACAAUUUUCAAUAUCAACCAGUGGUUCGAGCCUACGUCUACUGGAGAGUAUAUUCCGAGAGGAUGAGUAUCUAGUCAACAUGCAGCACACAGUUUUACCUUCAUGGUAUCAACGUGAAGGAUACAUCAAGGCCAUGUCAAACUUAAUUGAAAAAGAGCUGAAGAGUUUUGACUGCCCUCAGGAGGUCAUGAUAUUCUUUAGUGCACAUGGGGUACCUCUUGCUUAUGUGGAAGAGGCUGGUGAUCCAUACAAGGCAGAGAUGGAGGAAUGUGUGGACUUGAUCAUGGAAGAACUUGAGACAAGAAAGAUAACUAAUCCCUUCACCCUUGCCUAUCAGAGUAGAGUUGGACCAGUGGAAUGGUUAAAGCCCUAUACAGAUGAGACAAUAGUUGAACUUGGAAAAAAGGGAGUGAAAAGUCUUCUGGCUGUUCCAAUUAGCUUUGUCAGUGAACAUAUUGAAACUCUAGAAGAAAUUGAUGUUGAAUACAAAGAGUUGGCUCUACAAUCUGGUAUAGAAAAGUGGGGCCGCGUUCCUGCUCUAGGAUGUGAACCCGCCUUUAUUUCUGAUUUGGCAGAUGCUGUUAUUGAAAGUCUCCCGUAUGUUGGUGCUAUGGCAGUUUCAAACCUUGAAGCUCGACAGUCUUUGGUUCCCCUUGGAAGCGUAGAAUCGUUAUUGGCAGCUUAUGACUCGCAACGUCGGGAGUUGCCAUCACCAGUGAUAGUGUGGGAAUGGGGUUGGACAAAAAGUGCUGAAACUUGGAAUGGAAGAGCAGCUAUGUUGGCUGUGUUGCUUCUUUUGUUUUUUGAAGUCACUACUCCUGAUAGUUUUUUUCACCAGUGGGGAAUAUUAUUGCCCUCAUCUAGGUGAAUCAGUCAAUCUCAACCAUGCCCUCAAAGACAGUGGAGUUCAAUUUUGAUCCUUCAGUGUAUAGUUUGUUAAAUUAACAUUACCACCAAGUUAUGUCCUUACACAAUAUUGAAAUUUUGAUUUUUCUAGUAGUUGUCAUAAAUAAAUCUGCCUAUGCUAAACUACAUAGUAUGUCUCUGCAACAAAAACAAAAGAGGGGUUGUAUUAAAUGGUUUGACAAGUCAACAUAAAUUGUUUAUUGAUUAUUCAUGACUCGAA